GUGUUCAUUCGCAUCUGUACGGUGUUCAUUUGUGCAAACUGUCAAAACGUUUUGUUGACAUUUUCUGCGAAAGACGCGUUCGCUUCUUCUGGAAACUAUUUUUGCGUAAAUUACGUGAAAUACGUAUUUAAAAUCCAUUGCUUGUAGUCCAGUUUGGUAUAUAACCUCAAACCGUCCGCCAAAAUGACGACUGCUAUGCCAAUCAAUCCGAAGCCGUUCCUGAACGGACUUACCGGCAAACCGGUGAUCAUCAAGCUCAAGUGGGGCCACGAGUACAAAGGCUUCCUGGUGUCCGUGGAUGGUUAUAUGAACAUGCAGCUGGCCAACACCGAGGAGUUUGUCGAUGGACAGAACACCGGUCACCUGGGCGAGGUACUGAUCCGGUGCAAUAAUGUCCUGUACAUCCGGGGCAUAGACGACGAUGACGAGGAAGGAGAAAUGAGGGACUAGGGCUACUGCUAGAGUAUGUGAGAACUGCGACUACUAGAUUUAAGGUAACGUGUGUGAGAGGGAGUAAUAAACACCGGAGAUGGACAUUCGGAUAUUCGAGUAA